UCCGUUUUUCUUUUGAAUUGUAGAAAUAAUCUGUGGUCAAUUGUACUAGUGCUCAAAGUUUUGCUUCCGUGCAAUAUUAACUUGUUUUCUAGCCGCUGAUUUGCUCAAAAAUUUCAAUCAUUUAACAUGGGUAUUGCUGCGAGUCGGAAAUCUGUUGACAUUUCGUCCAAAUCGAAGAAAAGUGCGUCCGAAGAACCCGGUGCAAUUGUUUCUGGGGAACUGAAGGCCAGGGAUAGCAGUUCUCCGGGGAAAGAAAAUAUCAACGAAAAAGCUCCUGAAAUUGAGAAAACAGAGGUAAUCAAUGGACAUGAUGAUACAACGAAAAUCCCUGAAAUCGAAGCUAAGAGCGAGGAAGUUAAUGGAAAGGACACAACCCAAGAGAUGACUGAAGAAAAUAAUGGAGGCAAGCCCAAGAAGGAGAAGAAAGUGAAGAAGAAGAUGUCGUUUAGGAAUCUGAGUUUCAUGAAGAGCAACAAGCACAAAAAGGAGAAGAAAGGCGGUGAAACUGCCGCCGACGACGCUAACAAAACCACGGAGAAUGCCGAAGACAAGACUCCUGAACAAGCCGACGCGGAAAAGACUCAAGACGUCGAACCGGAAGCUGUGCCAGAGAAAUCUUCCGACUCCGAACCAAAGGUGGAAACUGAAGAAGCAGUCAAAGUUGAAUCGGCUACCCCUGCCUCUCCUGAAAAAGUUCCGGAAGUUAGUGCUCCCGAGGUUCCCGAAGUGGAAGCCCCGGUUGAGGCUGAAUCCGUGAAAGACGAACCUGCUCCGAUUUUGGAAACGGAAAUGGAAGCUUCUCCCGAACCGGAAUUGAAGGUAUCCCCUGAAAUAACUGAGGAGGAGUCGAUCGAGAAAACCGAAGAGCCGAAGGAGGCUGAGGAGGAAGUUGUCAAGGCAGAUUCGACUGAGAUCGCUGAGCAGGACAAUGAGGUUGGGGAGGAAGUUGUGCAGCAGACCGAGAAGGUCGAGGAUGAACCUGAAGUCGAAGCAAUUGAGCAAGUCGUGGAGGAGCCCGAGACAGUUUCUGCCGAGCCCCCGAACGAGCCACCACCACCCCCGAGAGACAAUGUUUGUGGUCUUCUUGAUGCAAGUGUCUUGAUGUCUUGCCUUGCCCUUGCCCGUGGGAACUCGACUCGAAAGCUUUGUACCAGCUGGACUUCGGUGCCCGUUGGAAAUAGCUUCUGCUUGUCCAUUUAUAUUGAUGUUGGACGGAGAGUUUCGUUUGUGAUGGGGAAUCAGCUGGGUGCGAUCGCACCUUCGGAGAUCUUCCCUGUGGAACACUAUUUGACUCGGAUUCGAGGACUGAGUUAUGAUUCUAGCUUGGGAAGUACCCGGUUCUUGAAGGUUGCCAGGGCGAAGGUUGACGAUGUCAACGAAGGUUGGGUCACCGUCAAAGUUUUUGUCAUCCAUGAUCCUUCGCUGCCCUUGAAACCGCACAUUUCACGACUGAAAGAUCUGCGUGAUCAACUGAAAGCACACCCGAACUGCAUGCCCUAUGAAGUUCUGGGAGUUUCGGAUAAAUCCGCCAUAAUUUACCGACCGUAUUUCAAGUACAGUCUUUAUGAUCGCAUCAACACCCGACCAUUUAUGCUGCCGCUGGAGAAAGCUUGGUUUGCAUAUCAGUUGCUGAGAAAUUUGGAAGAUUUGCAUCACGCAAACAUUUUCCACGGAGACUUGAAAACUGAGAACAUAAUGAUCUCGAGUUGGCAGUCCAUGUUUUUUACUGAUUUUGCAUCUUUCAAACCCGUCCAACUCCCCGUGGACAAUCCCGCCGAUUUUGCCUAUUUUUUCGAUACUUCUGGCAAAAGAAAGUGUUACAUAGCUCCGGAAAGGUUUGUGGAAGCUUUGGCUAUCGAUGAUGACUUGGCAAAGGAACAAGGCCUGAGAAUACCGUCUUCAGACCAAAACCCUCAUAUCGGAGGUUAUCAUCAGUCAAUGGACAUGUUUUCAGCUGGAUGUGUUCUCGCUGAAGUUUUCACCGAAGGAGAAUGCUUGUUCGAGCUGAGUCAGUUGCUGGCGUUCAAGUACGGAAAAUAUCAUCCUGAACAGAUUCUCAGUCUCAUCGAAGAUCCGCAUUGCAAGCAAUUGGUGGGAAACUUGAUCUGCAUUGAUCCGUGUGACCGAUUAUCUGCUAAUGCAGCGCUGGAGACUUACGUUGGGACGAUUUUCCCUGAUUAUUUUGAAUACUGGUUCAAAUUCGUAAGGAAGACAUUUGAUCACGCCUCUAACAUUUUGGAUGAUAAAAUGUCAAUAAUUAAGGAAUCAUUCCACGAAAUCCUGAAGCACUUCGGAGAAGAGGAGGAGCAAAAUGUUUCGAAUAACAUAGUCUUGGGCCGGUCUGUUUCUUCGUUGUCAUCCGGAGAAGAUUAUUUCGAAGUCCACGAAAGUCAAGGAUGGAGACUUGGUCAGAAAAAUUCAGUCGGGCUAGUUUUGGUUGCUUCUGUAGUCACAGCUUCAAUAAGAGGGCUUCACUUUUGUGGAAGCAGGUUGGUGGUUCUUGAGCUACUCGAGGAGAUUUCCCGACGCUUACCUGAUGACCUUGUUCUGGAUCGAAUAGUUCCGUUUAUGGUAGAGCUGGUGAAGGACGAAUCGGCUCGUGUUCGUUGCGAAGCCUUGAACUGCUUGACGAGGUGUUUGUCGGGGAUCAGUCUUACGGAUUUGCACGGUUCGGAUGCUAACGUUUUUCCGGAAUUCAUCUUCCCCGGGAUCAGUGCUACUGUCACUGACCUCCACAGUUCAGUGCGUUGCAGUUUAGCUGCGAAUAUUGGACUUUUGGCGGAAACUGCUGCUCGAUUCAUUGAAAAUGUGGAACUGAAUUGUGCGAGCAGCAGUAAAAGCUGGGACUCGGUACUUGGCAAUGUCAGUGGCAACUCUGGUGUUAUCAGCUCUUUCGCUGUUGAUUCCCCGAGGUGGAAGAUAACUACGGACAACACUUCCUACGAGUCUUUGGUGGCUGAGAAGCGAUGGGUUCAAGACUGGGUGAAGAGCAAAGUUUCCGCACUUCUCACAGACCCGGAUAACUCCGUGAAGAUCACUCUAAUGAGGAAGAAUCUCACGCGACUUUGCAUAUUUUUCGGCCGAAACGGAGCAAAUGACAUUAUAUUCUCGCACAUGAUCACAUUCUUGAAUGACAAGGACGACACGAAGUUGAGGCUGGCUUUCUAUGAUACUGUGGUUGGGAUCGUGUCUUAUAUUGGCCGUCCGUGUUGCAACCUUUUGAAGCCUCUUCUGCUCCAGAUAUUCGAGGUCGAACGCCGAUCAGGUACAAUUGAGAUUUACAUGAUAGGAGAGGGUCUGAGGGAUACGGAGGAAUUUGUGAUCGCAAAAGCCGUCUGGGCCAUGAUGAGUUUGGUCGACAUUGGUCUUCUGGACAAGUAUAUCAUUUACGACCUUGCAGCAGAAACAGCUCCAUAUUUAUGCCAUCCUAACCCUUGGAUUCGGCAGUCUGUCGUGGGAUUUUUCGCGAGUGUGAUGUGCAUGUUGUCUCCUGUGGACGUGAAUGCCAAAAUCAUGCCACGAAUUUCGCCCUACACGCGAGCCCCGGUCGGGUUUGCUCGUGACGUAGUUGUGCUGUGGGACUUCUUGAAAGAACCGAUUGGACGACUGGUGUUCUACCAGCUGCUGAGAGUGCCGAAUUUGAGCAAAUUCGUGAAGAGAUUGUAUUCGGAUGGCCUCGGACGAGACGGAUGUGCUGUUUUAUUGGCGAUGAAAGAGAACCUGUUGCGCAUGCAUCGACCUUCUCCAUCUCACAAAAGCACGUCUAUGAUGGGACCGGUUGACAUGGAAACGGUAAUUAAAAGGACGACGGACUUGUACAUCGGACCCCUGAAACGGAGCAUUUCGCCACCUUGGGAACAUCGUUCGGACGACGUUUUCUCCGAGGAUCGGAAAACGUCGUCCCCGGCAUCGAUGGUCGACACGGGGGGUCAUGCGAGUUUUGGCGGGGGUUCAUUGAACGCGAACAUGAACCGAGAAUGGCAGCACAUGUUUGGAGACACGCAAAAAGCGGAUGUGCCUCUCGAACUAUCCGUAUCUCCGUCCGUGAAAGAUACAUUUUUAGGACCAUUAGAACCUAUCCACGUCUUGGAUACAGUUCUUCCGGAAAAAUCGCAUGCACCCUUGGAUGGAUCCACAGUCGGUCCACCAGUUGUUUGGAACCCUUCGGAAUCCGCUAGCAGCGAUGAAAGCUCUCUUCGGAUCAGCCAGGACAAAAGCUUGGAUAAUCGUUGCAAGCCGUGUCGUUCCGAGCUGAAGGAGCUGUUGAAACGUCGUGUUGAGGAGAUACAAGAUUCCCUGACGGGUCUUCAAACUCGGAGCACUGGGGUGGACGUGACGAGCUCCACGUCGUCCUCGAGUCUUGGAGGAGGGUCCAUGAACGAAUCAGCUCUUCGGUCCUGGGUUCCAGCUGGGAAGCUUGUGUAUCAUGUCGGGGAUCAUCGAGAGUGUGUGACGAAACUGUUCAACAUCACCGGGGUAGGGGAUGGUGGAAUGUUUGCGAGUUCUUCGAAUGAUGGAACGGUUCGUUUAUGGGACGCCACUUUGGACAAUCUUCGAAAUCGUCUGAUAUACAACAGUGGAGUCCCCGUGAGAUCUGGAGUUUGGUGUAGUAAAGAAGAAGUGAUAGCCACGCUUAACGGAAACGGAACUGUGGAUAUUUUCGGUUUGGACACGUGUUCGUCUAAACGUCCUGUGUUGACGUCACGUUCAUUCAACGUGGACACGGAUGGGAUGGGCAUGGAAUUGCUUUACGUGCCGACUGCGUCUGUUUUGAUAUACGUGACAGCGUUUGGAGUCGCAACUGGUUGGGACCUGAGAACGAGAGAUGAAGGAUUUCGGAUUAUACAGAAUCUGAGCAAC